CGGCGGCGCGGGCCGGCGGGGUGUGCGCCUGGGCCCUGAACAUGGACUUCCCGUGCCUCUGGCUGGGGCUGCUGCUGCCUGUGGCAGCAGCGCUGGAUUUCAACUACCACCACCAGGAAGGGAUGGAAGCGUUUUUGAAGACCGUUGCCCAAAACUACAGUUCUAUCACUCACUUACACAGCAUUGGCAAGUCUGUGAAAGGCAGAAACCUGUGGGUUCUUGUUGUGGGGCGCUCUCCAAAGGCCCACAGAGUCGGGAUCCCGGAGUUCAAGUAUGUGGCCAACAUGCAUGGCGAUGAGACUGUUGGGCGGGAGCUGCUGCUGCAUCUGAUCGACCAUCUCGUGACCAGCGAUGGGAAAGACCCUGAGGUCACCAGUCUGAUCAAUAGUACCAGGAUACACAUCAUGCCCUCCAUGAACCCAGAUGGAUUCGAAGCUGUCGAGAAGCCCGACUGUUAUUACAGUAAUGGAAGGGAAAAUUAUAACAACUACGACCUGAAUAGAAAUUUCCCCGAUGCUUUUGAAUUUAAUAAUGUCUCAAGGCAGCCCGAAACGCUGGCAGUCAUGAAGUGGCUGAAAACAGAGACGUUUGUCCUCUCUGCAAACCUGCAUGGUGGUGCUCUUGUGGCCAGUUACCCAUUUGAUAAUGGAGUUCAAGCCACGGGCACAUUAUUCUCCCGAAGCCUGACUCCUGACGAUGAUGUUUUUCAAUAUCUCGCACACACCUACGCAUCCAGAAAUAGCAACAUGAAGAAAGGCGAUCAGUGUAAAAAUAAAAUGAACUUUCCUAAUGGUGUUACAAAUGGAUACGCUUGGUAUCCACUCCAAGGCGGAAUGCAAGAUUUCAACUACGUCUGGGGCCAGUGCUUUGAAAUCACUUUGGAGCUGUCGUGCUGUAAAUACCCUCGUGAGGAGAAGCUUCCAUCCUUCUGGAAUAGUAACAAGGCCUCGCUGAUUGCAUACAUGAAGCAGGUUCACCUAGGUGUAAAAGGUCAAGUUUUUGAUCACAGUGGAAAUCCACUGCCCAGUGUAACUGUAGAAGUCCAAGACAGGAAACAUAUCUGUCCCUAUAGAACCAACAGAUUUGGGGAGUAUUAUCUCCUUCUCUUACCUGGAUCCUAUGUAAUAAAUGUUACAGUUCCUGGACAUGAGCCACACCUCACAAAGGUGAUUAUUCCAGAGAAAUCCCAGAACUUCAGUGCUCUUAAAAAGGAUAUUCGACUUCCAUUCCAAGGGCAAUUGGAUUCUAUCCCAGUGUCAAAUCCUUCAUGCCCAAUGAUUCCUCUAUACAAAAAUUUGCCAAGCCACUCAGCAGCAACAAAGCCUACUUUGUUCUUAUUUUUAGUGACUCUUUUGCACAUAUUUUUCAAAUAAAGGAAAAUCUGAAACUCAA